GUUCUUUAUCAGCGAAUAACGGCGCUUAGCGGAUGCGAUGUAAAUGAAAGAAAAAUGUGGAAAUAAUAAAUUAGCGACUUUUAAAUGUAACCGGUUACAAUUCUUAUACAAAUUAAAAGUUAAUUUCUUAUCCAAAGUGAAAAGCGCCGAACAAACACAACCUUUCGAGUGCUGGGUGGAGCUACUUGUGGAAAAUGGCGCAACAGCCGCCGGAUCAAAACUUUUACCAUCACCCGCUGCCGCAUCCCCAUCCGCACUCACACCCGCACUCACACACGCACUCGCAGCAUCCACAGCUGCAGUUGCCGCCACAGUUUCGCAAUCCCUUCGAUUUACUGUUUGAUGAACGCACGGGCGCCAUAAACUACAACUACAUACGUCCCUAUCUGCCGAACCAAAUGCCCAAACCAGAUGAGCUGUCUGACUCGCUGGUUAUGCGACGACCACGUCGCACUCGCACCACAUUCACCAGCUCCCAAAUAGCCGAGCUGGAGCAGCAUUUUCUGCAGGGACGGUACCUGACCGCGCCACGCCUGGCUGAUCUGUCGGCUAAGUUGGCGCUGGGCACGGCGCAGGUGAAGAUCUGGUUCAAGAAUCGCCGGCGCCGUCAUAAAAUCCAAUCAGACCAGCACAAGGAUCAGUCGUAUGAUGGCAUGCCGCUUUCGCCGUCCAUGCCCAAUGCACCAAUGAAGACACUGGAGGCGGAUCCACCGAGUCUUCAAGCGCUGAGCUUAAGCGGUGGCGCAGCCACGCCCAACGCUCUGACGCCCUCGCCCACGCCAUCGACGCCCACAGCGCAUCUAGUGGAGCACUACAGCGAGUCGUUUAGCGCGUAUUACAAUUACAACAACCAUCACCAACAGGGCCAGCAGCGGCAUGUGCCGCAAGUGCAUGGCCAGUAUGGUCGCUCUUCGGCGUCGAAUGCUGCUGCCCAGUUCUUUCAGCAUGGCAAUCCACAUGCCCAGCAGCAGCUCCACCAGCAGGGGGCGCCACCGCCGUCGCAUCAUCAGCAGUCGCAGCAACUGCACCAUCACCAUGUUAUGGCACAACAACAACACCAGCAGCAGCAACAGCAGCAGCAGCAGCACCAACAGCAGCAACAGCAACAGCAGCAGCAGCAGCAACAACAGCAGCAGCAGCAAUAUCAUCAUUUUGAUUUUCAGCAGAAGAGUGGAAACGCCUGCCGGGUGCCGACAAUCAAAUGCGAGAACGGGGACGAGUACAAUUUCAAUGGAUCGUAUUAUAUGCGAACGACGGCGCUGGCACUGUCCGGCGUCGCUGCCAGCAGCAUGUCGGGCGUCGAGGCCGUAACGUCUGCGCUCUCGCCUGGCUCCGAGGUCUACGAGCCAUUAACACCAAAGAAUGACGAAAGUCCCAGUCUGUGUGGCGGUGGUCCUGCUGGCGGCGGCGUCGGCGUCGGCGUUGGCGGCCCAUGUGCCACAGCUGUCGGCGCCGCCGAUGUCACCGACGACAUGGACAAUGGAUCGAAUAAGAAGACGACGACGCUACAGAACUUGGAGCCACUGAAGAGCAACAACAACGUGGUUACAGACAAAUCCUGUGACAAUGGCAGCGAUGUAUUGGGCACCGGACUACUCACUGUGGCACGCGGCAACCUAAUCGGCUGUGGCAGCAAUAGCAGCAGCAGCGCCUUUGGCAAGUUCGGCAAACUCUCGGUACCGUCCACGCAGACGCCACCACCUCCGGGCGGUUCACUGGAGGCCAUGCACGAGACAAAUCAAUAUCAAUGUACGAUGGAUACGAUAAUGCAAGCGUAUAAUCCGCAUCGUAAUGCCGGUGGCAACACGCAGUUCGCCUACUGUUUUAAUUAGAUCGGGACACCAGGCGCCCCAUAUAAUAUAAUAAUUAUUUUAAGUACACAAAUUUUAAUGUUUGUGGUGUUUCUUUAGCUUUAAGUGACACGUUAGUUCCUGAUUGUACAAAGAUUUAGUGAUUGUAGAUAUCUAUGCGUAGUAUUUUAAGCAAAUUAUCAAUAUUUUAAAUGAAUUUUGUAAAGCUUAAUUAAGUCAUAGCUGUAAUUUUCCAAGCAUUUUCAAUGUAUUUCCAUAAGAAACUUCCUUUGUAAAACCUUCAUUGGUCUCAACUCUGUCUGGCUGGGCAUUUGCCAAAGCCCAUGAGUGCCCAUCCAGACAUACUUGAGACAAUAAUGGGCUUAGCUGAAGGUUUUACCGAAGAAGUUUUCGUAUGAAAAUCUCAUGUAAGAUUCAUUUCUAUAAUUUUGGCACUUGGCAUAGCUUACAAAAAACUGCACUGAUCUAAAUGGAAAAUGUUUCUCUUCCUGAUAAUCGCACGCCUCUCUUUUUGGCCUGCCAUUAUCAGCCGAAGAUCGAACAUUUAAACAAUAAUACUCGUCAGAAUAUUUUUAAUUAUUGCUAUGCCCCGGUUUUCAUGUUACAAUUGAACAUUCUUCACGUGAGAAUUGUUCAAAUAUUGUACCACAAUACAUGAAUACCACACGCCUAAGUUAUCGAAACGAAUACUAUAUAUUACUGGAGGAUUUUCGGUUUU